AUGGCGGACUACAAUCAGCAGUUGGCCGAUGCACAUCUCGGUGUAGAUCGCCGCACUCCCACCGAGGUCAACCUGAGAAAGGUGGCCAUGCUUUACGAGAUAUUCCAGCGCGUGGGGGCCAUAGAUGUCUACUUUGGAUUGCAUAAGGAAAGGAGGGCUAACACCUGCAACCCUUCCAGUAGGCCAUCAUCGUACCGCAGUAGCGACCCGCGCAUGCUGCGUCAGCUCUCUGGGGAAAGCCACGAAACCGCAACGACGAUCAGCGAACCCAAGGGAGUACAGAAGAUAUUCACCGUCGACGAGCUGUACCGAUCGAGGUUGAUGGACAGGUAUGACGGCAAUUCCUUUACUCCGCAGCCCACCAACACUGUGACGAUUUCCGAGGAAGUGGCCGAUGGAGGCGCACCGAAUGCGCCAAAUGCUGAAGCUUCGGGAGAAGUUUCUCACACAACAGACAUAGAAAAUCGUAUAGAUUUGGCAGACUCCGUGAGUGCCAGGGCGGCGGAAAAUGAAGCUCAAGCGCAGGAUAGUGCUAGGAAUUCAGAUUCGUACUCCAUCUACACCAACAGAUCAGCAACGCAGGCGCAGGCAAAUAAUCUGGCAAAGAGCCUGUCCAAUCAUGGCACCACACAGGGCACAGGAUUGUCGUUGGAACGUUCAGCGGCAGAGCGCUCGAGGUCAAGCAACGGCAGGCAGGGUGAGGCCAAAGGCAGCGAACCUGCGGCGUGGAAGGACGAAAAUGGAACGUUGCUAUUUGCGGAGUCUCUGGACAUAAGCCGCAUCUACAAGUCUAAGAACAGCAUGCCUCCCAAAACUCCGGCUGACAAUGCCACAUGCAACCUCUCAUUGCCGUAUUGCUCCGAAGCUACUAUCGAACCGCCGUCAUGCGGGUAUAGCCCAGACAGAUUGCGCAUUUUCUCCUGGGUGAAGGACUGGUUUGUGCCCAAUCUCCUGUCAGCCAUGAGCUGCAUGGGCUCUGCCGCCGUGUUUUGCGGCGACCGGCUGAGGCAAUACUUCACACCCCUUGAAAUCAGCAAGACAUCACGAAAGUUCGAUGAGGUAUAUCUGUCGAGCCUGGAAUUCGCCAUCCUCAAGGACGAAAUGACGCGCUGCUACUUCAACAUAACGGAUGAGCGCAAGGAGCACCUGAUGAUGCGCGAGGUCGACGACUUCCGCCGGUUGUACAUGCGGAAGCGCAUAAGCUUCGAGGAGUUUUGCCAGCACUUCUCGCCGUACCUUUCGCGGAGGCCGGAGGACUACACGCGCAACAAGAACACCGACGACACGGACGAGCUGAUGCAGCGCCGCGCACUUAAGCGGGUUCUGGAGAAGAGCCUUUACGGCCUCUCCGUCGAGCGGCCGAAUGAGUUCGUGAACAGGCAAUGUAUGCUCAAGCCGUACCAGAUGAUCGAACCCAUCCCACCGAAAACGUAA